GUCUUCUUCAAGGCCGGGCUGCUGGGGCUGCUGGAGGAGAUGCGGGACGAGCGCCUCUCCCGCAUCAUCACCCGCAUCCAGGCUCAGGCCCGGGGUCAGCUCAUGCGCAUCGAGUUCAAGAAGAUCCUGGAGCGCCGGGACGCGCUCUUGGUGAUCCAGUGGAACAUCCGGGCCUUCAUGGGGGUGAAGAACUGGCCCUGGAUGAAGCUCUACUUCAAGAUCAAGCCCUUGCUGAAGAGCGCCGAGACGGAGAAGGAGAUGCAGCGGCUGGACGCCGAGAAGCUGGAGCUUCAAGCCGCCCUGGAGGAGGCUGAGGCCUCUCUGGAGCACGAGGAAGGGAAGAUCUUGAGGGCCCAGCUGGAGUUCAACCAGGUCAAGGCGGACUACGAGCGCAAGCUGGCCGAGAAGGACGAGGAGAUGGAGCAGGCCAAGCGCAACCACCUGCGGGUGGUGGACUCGCUGCAGACCUCGCUGGACGCCGAGACCCGGAGCCGCAACGAGGCCCUGAGGCUGAAGAAGAAGAUGGAGGGCGACCUCAACGAGAUGGAGAUCCAGCUCAGCCACGCCAACCGCAUCGCCGCCGAGGCCCAGUCCCACCUGAAGGGAGCCCAGACUCACCUCAAGGACACCCAACUGCAGCUGGAUGACGCGGUCAGGGCCAACGAGGACCUGAAGGAGAACAUCGCCAUCGUGGAGCGGAGGAACAACCUCCUGCAGUCGGAGCUGGAGGAGCUACGGGCGGUGGUGGAGCAGACCGAGAGGGCCCGCAAGUUGGCCGAGCAGGAGCUGAUCGAGGCCAGCGAGAGGGUCCAGCUCCUCCACUCGCAGAACACCAGCCUCAUCAACCAGAAGAAGAAGAUGGAGGCCGACGUCUCCCAGCUGCAGACGGAGGUGGAAGAGGCCAUCCAGGAGUGCAGGAACGCCGAGGAGAAGGCCAAGAAGGCCAUCACCGACGCGGCCAUGAUGGCGGAGGAGCUGAAGAAGGAGCAGGACACCAGCGCCCACCUGGAGAGGAUGAAGAAGAACAAGGAGCAGACCAUCAAGGACCUGCAGCUGCGGCUGGACGAGGCCGAGCAGUUGGCCCUCAAGGGGGGCAAGAAGCAGCUGCAGAAGCUGGAGGCCCGCGUGAGGGAGCUGGAGAACGAGCUGGAGGCCGAGCAGAAGCGCAACGCCGAGAGCGUCAAGGGCCUCCGCAAGUCCGAGCGGCGCGUCAAGGAGCUCAGCUACCAGACAGAGGAGGACAAGAAGAACCUGCUGCGGCUGCAGGACCUGGUGGACAAGCUGCAGAUGAAAGUCAAGGCCUACAAGCGGCAGGCGGAGGAGGCGCCCACCCCGGAGGACCCUAACCACAUCCUGGAGAACUCCAACACCUCUCAGCCCACCCCGGAGAACCACAACACCGCUCAACCCACCUUGGAGGACCCCAACCACGUCUCAGAGGACCCCAAACCCUCUCAGCCCACCCCAGAGGACCCCAGCGAUCUCCUGGAGGACCCCAACAUCC